AUGAAUGAGUUCAAGAACCAACCUACGGAAGCGGGCUUAGUAAACAGCAUCUCCAAAUUUGUCGGCCGAGUCACGCCCAAGAAAUUGCGUACAGUCUUAACCAGUGAUGUCACAAAAUCAGUGCGUGGCAAAUGCCAAGGAAACAAAAACAACUACAAAAGCGAUUGCGGAGAAGAAUAUAAGUUGGACGUUACGUUUUACGCUUCUGUGAAUGACCCCCCAUUUCGACCCGAUCAGAGAUUCCGGUAUGUAAGAGCAUCCAAAGUAUAUAAACACACGUAGCAGCUUAUGCAGAUUCUACCAUUUAGCAUUUCUGUUUCGAAGGUGUAUUAUCAUACGUUGAAGUUGUUCCGUUGUUUUGAUUCGUGUUGUCCAUAAUUCACCAUUGAAAAACCCUUCACAUAUUAACAAUAUUGGGUCUAGUUAUUCACGUAAGCAAUUUCCGAUUGAAAACAUUUCCCCUCGCAGCUUGCCCUGAUCUUACCAAAGGCUUCUUCUAAUCGUGCCAACUUAGGCUUCUUUACGUUACACGCGUCACUUAUUUUUGUUCUAAUCCUGGCCAGCGCUGAAUCUGCGAAAAAAUCCGUUAUUGCAUGUAAGCACUCAGAUAAAAUCUCAAUUUCCCUUUCCUUAUGGCAUAUCAGCAAACUUUUUAUUGCCGGAAUUUUGUCCGGGUUAAAAUACCUCGGUUGCUGAGCCAUCGCGUUUUCGGAGCACAACGACAGAGCAAGACUAAUUUUGAUGACUUGCAACUGAAUUCAAUUGUUUAUGCUAGUAUUAUACGUAAAUUGGUCAUAGUAAGAGUACCUUGAAACUUUAUUUUUGAAAAAAAAAUAAAUAGAAAACAAAAACUGAACCAACAACAUGCAUCCACGUCAAAAGAAUAUAUUACGUAAUAAACUUUGCUUCACUAGUAAAUAAAAGCAUUGAAGGUUCUACUUUUUGCUGAAGAGGCACUGCAAAAGAACUACUUUGUACCGAGUUUUCAUUGAACAUUGAAUCCUUUGUGUUAGCCGACGAUCACACUUCAGGGGCACCCAACGUCAAUUUUUGGAAAAUAUCUGUUCGGAAGACGAUUUGAGAUCUAGAAUUUUCGGAACAUUUGUUGUAAAAUUUCUUGCUUGCCUGCCUCUCCUAGGAUUUUCGAACAUCUAAAAAAUGGUAUAAUUGCUCAUUUUUGACGGUUUUUUGCCCUAAAAAGGUCACCUAGAAUUUUCGGGAGCUUUUCUUCUGGCUGAAAUUUUCGAAAAGGUAAGUUUUGAUCCCUAUAAUUUUCGGAUCACUAGACUUUCAGCUAGGAAAUCCGAACAGAUGAAAAAUUUUACGGGAUAAAAGUAUGCCUAUAUCUGCCGUUUAAAUACUAAGAUACUUUCAACAAUGCUAUGUUUAAGUGUUUUUGAACUAUAUUCUCGUUGGGUGCCCCUGACACUUGCUGUCACUAUCACAACCAUCACGAACCUUGAGCCGUGUGUUCAUUUUUCCCGUCUUUAUUAAGGUAAAGAUUGGACCACUUGCCUGUUAGUCUUCAGAGUGAUUAAAGUGAGCCCCUCAUAGUCUGCCGAAACAACCAUCUCUCCUCGCUAAUCGCAGACGUCCUAAGCGGCGGAGAGAUGGCGGUAUUCACAGGCUAAGCCCCAGCUAAAAAGACUGAAACAAAAAGCUUCCGUUCCUAUCGAACUCAUCUGGGACCUUAAAGUCCGAGGACGGCGACGGCAGCGAAAACGUCUUUGAAAAAGUGAUUUCGCGUUCUUUCAAUCUUCAUCACGAUUACUCCUAGCCUCCCCCGCGCCCCUAAGAAUGUCUGCGGGGGAGCCUAGAUUACUCCAAGUCUCUAGCUUUGUCAAAUGUGGGUGAACCCUUCUAAUGUUGAAUUCCUUAGAACCAUAUCCAAGUUCAGAAAGGAAGGGGAAAUUUCGUUGUCGCUUGUGUACUUCCUCUGUAAAACGUGAAAUUAGACAUUUUCACGUCGUAGUCACGCGCGCAGUGACGGCAAAGAAAUGUACAAUAAAGCGUGAUGCACCAGCAAAGUUGUUGUUUUGGUUGUUAAACUUAUUGCUUUUUUGACGUUUUCGUUCCCGUCGCUGUCGUCGGUCUCUAUUUUGUGACGGACGCGGUCCACGAGGUACCAUGCGAGCAGAGGUUUCUCCUCGCGACGGCGACAUAGAGAAACACCUCCGCUUGCAGUGCUUGCGGGGUGUGAAAUUAGCGUUUUCGUUUUCUUUAGGGCAACUUAUGCUAACAUUUACUUCAGUAAUUUCCGAAGUGUUUCUAGUUCACCAAGAUAAAUCAAGUGACUCCGCAAUACUGAAGAACGAAUGAGGCACAAUCAGGUACCGCAAGGGUGGUAGUGCUUACGAAAGGUCGUCCAUAACCGCAAACUAUACUUUGUAUUUAUGAUAGUUAUCUGUGGAUAAUUUUUCGAAGCCUUUUCGGUACCUUAUGGCAAAGUUGCUGUACGGUUAUUUUCUAAAAAGUUUUAACUGCGAAUGAAUAAUUGUAAUAAUAAUAAUAAUAAUAAUAAUAAUAAUAAUAAUUGUCUCAACUUCCCCGGUAACUUCCUCAGUGUUUUUUCGUCGUCUUCUCAGGACUUCCUGUUUACAAGAAGGGCGGAGGAUGUUGACGACAGAUGUAAAAAGUUCAAAUGUCUAAUGAAGUUUUAGCACAAAUGAAGUAAAAUUCCAAUUAUAAUCGCAGGCGGCCUAAGCUCAGUAUGAGAGUUAAAUCAUUAAUACGUGUAGUCUCUUAUAGCGUAAUCCUUAAAAUGGACGUGGACAUAAAGGACUUGUAUGGAAAUUCAGGUAAAAGAUUCAAGAAGAUGAAUACUCGCUAGAAUUUUCAACACCUUACCUUGAUUACUUUUCUUGAUUUUGCAUGCUGUGUGGUUAUAUUUUCUGGAUCCAUUGCGAUUUAACCCUUUAAGCCCCAAUAUCCACGUAAAAAUUCUCCAAACUGCUCUCUAUACAUUUACUUCAAGAUUUAGUUAAGAGAAUUUGAUAAAAGAUCAAAGUAUUUUCUCCUAGGUGAUCAUUUUAUUAAUUCUCAUAACCUCAUCUCAUGACGAUGUAUGGAUAUCGUUAGGAGAAAAUUGCUGUUAGUCACUAUUGGGACUUAAAGGGUUAAGCGACACUUUUAACCCAAAUCUCAAUGGAUCGGGAAAAUAACCACACAGCAAGCAAAAACAAGCAAAGUAAAUGAGCUAAGGUGUACUUUAUUGAAAAUACUAGCGAUUAUUUAUCUUCUUGAAUCUUUUACCUGAAUUCCCAUACAAAUACGUCAUGUUCACGGCCAUUUUAACGACCACACAAUAUGAACACCACACGAAAUAAGGAUUAAACUCUCAUACUGCGAACACCGGCUACAAGUAGUUUAAAGAUGAAAAAACUCUCAUACUGAGCUUGGGCCGCCUGUGCUUACGUUAAUGAACACAGGGAUACAAACGUACUGAGAGACUCAAGUGUUUAUCUAAGGGCUACAAAAAUAGAAUUUUCCAUUACACUGAUCAGUUGGGAACUGUUUAGGUUUAAAAAACAAAAACACCUGUCGCCACGGCUCUAUCCAUCAUCAGCUUCUUUUUAUCUAAAUUUUUGUCAGUGUGAUUAAAAAAACUUCCUCGUAAAUUUGGCCGUGCUCCAUUUACACGUUUCUGAGGCUACACAGGGGUUGCUUGCUUUUGGACUUACUCUACAGAAGGCAGAAUCAAGAUCCUCCUUUAGUUAAAACGGAACACUGUUACAACAUCAAACUUCACUCUUACUCGAGGGGUUUGUUUAAAUCACCUAAUGGAGGACGGAAGUGAAAGCACGAAUCUAACAAGAUAAAAGUUGUACUAAUGAGCUUGGUCACAAGUAGAAUAGCUUUUCAUCACAAGUGUUAUUAAGGUUUUUGGACUUCAAUAUACUAUAUAUAUAUCAUAAGAGCACCACACCUGUGUGAUUGAAAGAUGAUCGAUGACAUCACACACUAUCACCUGUAGUAGUUACUGUACUGUAUUGUUUUACAGCCAGCCAUUUAGGAAACCAACACUUUAAACUUGUUUUCCCUUCAGCUACCGUUUUAGCAUUAACAAAGCAGCCGAAAAUGAAAAAAACGGGGGAAAAUAUAAACUGCCAGUGUUACAUAUAAAAGAAAAAGCUGUCAACAAAAUUCAUAUAAACGACCACCCAGCAACAGUGAGUUGUUUAACCCCUACGGUUCUCGCAGUGAGUGUUCAUUUUUCUCGUGGUCAUUAGGUUAACACACCCAUAUACCGUAUCAGUUCACAAGUGGCUUUAAUGGUGUAAAAAGAGGUUCUUUGCGCCAGAUUUAACUUUUUUUAAUAAGAUCUCCCACGUUGAAGAUAUUUGGGUGUUGAUUCGACCUUGACCAAGCUAAGACUCGGCCAAACUAGAGCGGAAGGUUAGAAGACCUGUCAAAUGCUAGAAUGAGAAAUGCGUGCUGCCAAUUUCCAUCUCUUAAAGCAAGGAAAUGGAUCUUAAGUUAACCCUUGCACAAAGUAUCAUCAUUCUUAAGUCCUAAUACCCGGAUGCAGCUAAUCAAAGACUAUAAAUCUCUCGGAAUAUACUUAAAAAAAUUCUCAUUUACUACUACUAUACUAGUGGUGUCUCCGAUUAGUAGGCUACUUGCGAUCAGCUAGAAGAUUCGGACACGUUAAUAAAGUUGUUCAUUCACUCAUUCUAGUAAUACAGUCAAACCCGCUCUACGAACACCCGCGUAAUAAGAACACUUCAUUGUCACGGACAGUUUGGUUUGUCCCUGGGAAAAGAAAGCCCUUACUUUUUCUCUAAAUUCAACCCGUAUAAAUAUUAAUAAUAUAAAUAUUAUUAAUACGGACACUGUCUAUGGCCCCCUCAGUGUUCGUAUUUAUGAACGGAAUUUGACUGUACCAGAAUUCAGUUUGUACUCCGCCUUUAUACAUUCAACUUUGUUUUUAGUACAGUUGCAUUUCUACUUUCCGCCACCUCUUUGAAAUGGCUACUUUUUCGUGUCUUCAAGGUGAUCACUGUACAAAGGUUUGGCUAUAAUCCUACUCAAAGUUUGAAUAACAUAAGGCGACAUACUUUCACCUAAGUUGUCUAAGUUUACCAAUUCGCAGCGUCAGACUUCUGUGUGUGUCAUUCUACAAAAAUGUUUAAGCUGCUUUACGAUCUUAACUGUUUCUCCUUCUUCCAAAUUCGCUGUAAAAGGUAAACGCUGCCUUUAGGGCCUGUAAUUGGGUAGGACGUCGAUUGUGAAACGCCUGACAUAUGGCUCGCGAAUAUUGAGUAAGCCAUAUACGUGGUUACAGAAACCCAAUUCGGGGCAGGUUGACACUAAAAAACACCUAAUGUAUUAACUCUGCAACUAUUUUCUUAGCCUGCGAGAACAUCCGUUUCUCCAAGAGCGAGGAGAAACGGAUGUUUUUGCAGGCUACGAUUUUCUGUGGUUGCCGGGUCUCAGUUUAUAAACAAUAAAACUAUACACAGUGCGAAAGCUAUGCUAAGCAUUCCUUUCCUCAGUGGCACUGUAAAUAGUCCAAAAACACUUGCCCGGCUAUUAAGUCUCAUGAAUUCCACUGAGUGCAGACGAUGCCAGCCACCUUAACCGCAGACGCCUGUAAAUGAUUUUUUUAUAAUCACAAAAGAAACUCUCUUCUUGCGGAGGCGAAUUCAGUUAACCCAAAUCAUAACGCUAUAGACGCAAAACUGAUAUUUUUCUGCUUCGGCUCGCUCGACGUCAGCCAGUCUGAGUGCUUUUUCACGCCAGGGUCUGGAAGUGGGAUUUGGUGGGAAGGGUCCUGAUCCCGCAUCCCCCUUCUUUUUCACGAAAAUUCCCAUAUCCCGCUAUUUUUUCAUCCCUUUCCCAAAUUCCUCUUUUGUUUCCAAAAACAAUAAAAUAAAAGAGAAGAGUAACAAGGGACAUUUUGUAUCUAUAGUUUAGUUUGAAAGGAGUCAACAGUUAAGCGCUGGGUUGACUCGAGUUUGCCCCUCAAAAGAUAUGAUUUCCCGAAUUCCCGAUAUACAGGCAAAAAAAUCCCGCAUCCCGUGGCGAAUCUCGCUUCCCGGGUAGCUGUAAUAUCCCUUUCCCGGUUAAGAUAUCUUGCGUUUUCCCGAAUCCCGCACCGUAUUUUGGCCAAAUUCAGGAUCCCAAAAAUACCCUUUGGGGGUGAGGCAUUUUCUAUACCAUUCAAAUGCCAGAAUCAUAGCACUGACUUUCACUUUUGCGGCUCGGAUGACAAAGCUGAUGAAAGUCGAUGGACUGAUUUUUGUAGUGAUUCCAAAUAA